AUGGACUCCUCGCGGGACUCCCUCACUGACCGCGCCUCCGCGUCGGUCUCAUCCCUAUCUUCAUGCGAUACUACAGUUAAAGAUGAUACGAAAGCCGCAGAAGCGGGCGCACACGCGACUCCAGAUUUAGAGAAAGGACUACAGAAUUUGGAGCGGAAGCCAUUGGCAGAACUUCGCUAUAAAGACUUCAACACGUAUAAGAGGCUCUGUUCUCUGAUAAUAGUGGGCAACCUCGCGGCCACCAUCAUCAUACUCACGAGAGCGGGCAUAGAGAGGAACAUGCCGACGUUGGCAUCUCUGUGCAUCCACAUGGGCGCUGCCAACACAAUGGUGUGCUCACUGAUCCGUUCGCCAAUAAUCAUCAACAUACUCUUCUCCCUCUUCAGCGCCAUCCCCAGAUCCGCCCCCUUACGACUGCGUCGUAUAUGCUGCAAGGUAUUCCACCUGGGUGGCGUGCAUAGUGGAACAGGCACUUCUGCUUUGAUCUGGUUCAUCGGCUUCUUGAUAUCAUACGCCAUGUCCAAGCCGUGGGAGAACCCUCGGCCAGCAGCAGUUUUCGGUCUGGCCCUGGCUGUGAUGGUAUUACUGCUGUCCAUCGUUGUCGUCGCUAUUCCUGGUUUCCGUCGGAGGUUUCACGACACAUUUGAGCUGACACAUCGAUUUGCGGGAUGGGCCACAUUGGUUCUCUUCUGGGCGCUGUUAUUUCUCCACGCGUACGACGAAGCCGUCGUGGGAAAUACAACCUCGGUCACCACUUUCCUCGUCACCUUCCCGACUUUCUGGUUCCUCUCCGUCUCUACGGUCGCUGCGAUCUGGCCGUGGACGAUGCUGCGCAAGGUGGACGUCACUCCUGAGAAGCUCUCCGCCCAUGCAACGCGACUGCACCUGCACCACCUGCCAGAUAUGGGAUUUGGUCAAGGUCUAUCACUAGCCAAGCAUCCACUCAAGGAUUGGCACAGCUUUGCUGCAUUUACUGAUCGCUUCGAUACCUCAACGCCAGGCUUCUCUUGCCUGGUAUCCAAUGCCGGUAACUGGACGGGAUCUGUGAUUCAGGGGGGUCCAACACAGAUCUGGGUGCGUGGUAUUCCGGUGUGCGGAUUUGGACACGUAAUGAAGAUGUUUCAUCGCAUCAUCAUGGUGACGACGGGUUCGGGCAUAGGGCCAUGUCUGUCUUUCAUUGGAGAUGAGAAUCGGCCCGCUAUGCGUGUUGUGUGGCAGACGCGAAGCCCACUGCGGACGUACGGGCAGCGUACCGUUAACCUAGUCAAGAGGCUGGAUCAAGAUCCUGUGAUCUUGGAUACGGAUGUGCAAGGACGUGUGGACAUGCUGCCCCUCAUUCGGGACAUGGCCAAGGAGUUUGAGGCCGAGGCAGUAUGUGUCAUCAGUAAUCCACGGCUCACGGCGCGUUUGGUCUUUGAGCUAGAGUCCACCGGCAUACCGGCUUAUGGGCCCAUCUUCGAUAGUUGA